GAGCCCACCCUUUAAUCCUAAGGUUCAUCUGCCGGGGCCAAGCGAGCUUGGACGGUGGCAGUGAGGUCCUCAGGACGUAGGUGGGUUGCCUUUAAGGGCUAACGAGCCCCACCUGCCCGGGAGUGGCCCUGACCGGGAAUCGAACCCGGGUCUCGGCGGUGACAGCGCUGCGCCUUUACCACUAGACCACCAGGAGCUCAAACUCACCUGAUAAUUUUUAAACAUCUUGGCAUGAGGGCAAGAUGUGGAAGGGGAAAGUUUCCUAUGGACUUAAAGAAGAACCAAAUGCCCGUGUUGGCAUUCCAAAGGUUUCUGAAGGGCUGAGAGUAUCUCAGGACUUGAUAAAACAACUACACCAUUACAUAAAAUUACAAAGCUUUAAAUCAAGCUAAAAUGUUGUUGCUAAAAUGUUCUUACUCUAAAGUGUGUUUUUUGAUUUCUACUUCAAUCGCAUUGUAAGAUGUAAUAUUCCUUUAAUAAGCAAGGAUUUACCUAAUCUCAAAAGUAUAUUCUAAAAAAGUAAUAUUACUCAGCUUCUAAUUUCUAGAAGUUCAGAACAGAAAGACAGUGUCUUCUGUGUUUGCCUUAUACACGGAAGAGUGCAGUACACGGGGAUUUGACACUUAGCUCAUAACAAUAUAAAAAUAACUUCAGGACAGAUGGGCAUGUUUGAAAGAUUCAGAGCUUUUCACUUUAAGUGCUAACAUGGAAGCAUCUGUGCCAGCUAUGAAACGUCAGUCUUCACUUACAUGACUUCUGGAAGAUUAAUUAUUUGUUUCAUAUUUAUACACCUUUCAGUUGAUUUUGUAGAAGACAAUGAGAUAAUUAAGCUUUGGUAGUAGAUAGCUUCUCUAAUGUGUUUAUUUGUUACUGUGGUGUGUGGUUUUGUCCUUUUGCCUAUUCAUUUUUGUAUGUAAUAUAAUUUUUUAUAUAUAUAUAUAUUAUAUGUAAUAUAAACUAUUUGCUUCAAGCCUGAUCUGAAGUGUCAGGUUGCUUUGGAUGUUUGUUUCUUAUGUCUUCUGUAAAUGUCAGAAGGGGGAAAGUUCCUUAUCCUUAAAGCAUGUCUAGCCUUCUGUGUUCAUUGCUUCUUAUUUAAACAGUGGAAAGAAGCAUGUUGGAUUUUCCCCAGCACAUUUCACCUGACAAAGAGGUACGCUUAGCAAGUACAGAAGCUGACAAAAAGCUUUCUGAUUUCGAUGUGGAGAUGAGCAGGAGAGAAGAUGUGUUUCAGAAGAUUGUUUAUUUACAGCAAAACUGCAAUCUUGAAAAUGUAAAGCCUGAAACAAAGCGAUAUCUAGAGAAAUCAGUCCACGUGGCAAAAAGAAACGGACUCCAUCUUCCUAAAGAAGUGCAGAAUGAAAUAAAGACAAUGAAGAAAAAACUGAAUGAGCUGUGUAUAGACUUUAACAAAAACCUGAAUGAGGAGAGCACAUUUCUUGUAUUUUCUAAGGAAGAACUUGAUGGCCUUCCUGAUGACUUUAUUAGUGGCUUAGAGAAGACUGAGGAAGACAAAUAUAAAGUAACCUUGAAGUAUCCCCACUAUUUUCCUGUUAUGAAGAAGUGCUGCAUUUCAGAAACAAGGAGAAAAAUGGAAUCUGCCUUUAACUCGAGAUGCAAAGAGGAGAACACAAAAAUUCUUCAGGAAUUACUUCCACUAAGGGCAAAAGUAGCAGAGCUUCUUGGUUAUAAUACACAUGCCAACUUUGUCCUGGAGGUAAACACUGCAAAGAGCACAGAUAAUGUAACAACCUUCUUAGAUGAUUUGAGUAAGAAGCUAAAGCCACUGGUUGAAGAAGAAAGAGAAUUCAUUCUAGGUUUGAAGAAACAGGAGUGUAAAGAAAGAAACUUUGAUUAUGAUGGAAGAAUCAAUGCAUGGGAUCUUCAUUAUUAUAUGAACAAAACUGAAGAGCUCAAGUACUCUAUAGAUCAAGAAAAACUGAAGGAAUACUUCCCAAUUGAGGCUGUUACAGAAGGCUUACUGAAUAUCUACCAGAAGCUGCUGGGACUUGUAUUUGAGCAAGUAGAAAGUGCUCAUGUUUGGCAUGACAGUGUUACUCUGUAUGCAGUAAAGGAUAAAUCAACAGGAGAAAUGUUAGGGCAGUUCUAUCUGGAUCUUUACCCCAGAGAGGGAAAGUAUGGGCAUGCAGCAUGCUUUGGUCUACAGCCCGGCUGUCUCCUUUCUGAUGGUAGCAGAUUGAUGUCUGUAGCUGCUCUGGUAACCAACUUCACAAAACCGGCAUUGGAUCGUCCAUCAUUAUUGCGACACGAUGAAGUAAAGACUUACUUCCAUGAAUUUGGUCACGUGAUGCAUCAGAUAUGUGCACAGACUGAUUUUGCUAGGUUUAGUGGAACUAAUGUGGAAACAGAUUUUGUAGAGGUACCUUCACAAAUGUUUGAGAACUGGGUGUGGGAAAAAGAGCCACUGCAGCAAAUGUCAAGACAUUAUAAAGAUGAGACCCAUGUUGGAGACACUCUCCUUGAGAAACUUGCUGCCUCUAGAUUGGCUAAUACAGGCCUUUUAACCCUCCGUCAGAUUGUUUUGAGCAAAGUUGACCAGGCACUGCAUACAAAGAUAUCUGUUGACCCAGCAGAUGAAUAUGCUAAAUACUGUAUGGAGAUUCUAGGAAUUCCUGCCACUCCAGGAACAAACAUGCCAGCUACUUUUGGACAUCUGGCAGGUGGUUAUGAUGGUCAGUACUACGGAUACCUGUGGAGUGAAGUGUUUUCCAUGGAUAUCUUUUAUAGCUGCUUUAAACAAGAAGGAAUAAUGAAUCCAGAGGCUGGGAUGAAAUACAGAAACCUCAUUUUGAAACCUGGAGGAUCUUUGGAUGGAAUGCUUAUGCUACAAAAUUUCUUGGAGCGUAAACCAAACCAGAGAGCUUUCUUAUUGAGUAAGGGAUUAUGUGUUUAGUAAAAGGAUGAUUCCUUUGUAAUGGCAUAUAAGUAUGGAACAGCUGGAAAUAUCAGUGUAUUUCACAUCUUAACUAUGUUUCACUCUAGGCAAAUUGUGUCAUUUUUUGAUGAUUUUUUUUAAUUGUAAAAAUAAAAAUAUGAUUUUUUAAAAAAAUUUCAUACGACUACAAAAUUCAACACAUCAGGGAAAAAACUGAGAUGUGUAGAAGCUGAGGAUUUGGAUGGUAAUUCUUUUUAAUUGUUAUGAAAUAAUACUAAUCAAUAUGGGGAUUUGAUGCCAUGGUUCUUUUUUAAUAGAUGUACUUAAAUUGUGUCUUGUGAGUGAAUUUUAAAUCUGGAGGGGAUAAAAAGACACUACUAGCAAUAAAAGAAACAGUUUCAUACUUAUUCUGUAUUGUCUAUUGUAUUGACCCGUGUCUCUGAUGGAGAGGAAGUGUGUUGGUUUUUGUUAUUGUUUGGGUUCAGUCUAGCUUCCUGACAAAUUUCAAGAUUGAGAACCUGCCCAAAAAGUUUUACACCAGAGAUGUUUGUGUGAUACUUUUAGACUUCAUUCUGAUGCAUGUUAAAUUCUUAUAUAAUUUAUAUACUUAUAUAAUAUAAUUAAAAAAGAAAAAAAACAGCCAAAAUCUAUGACCUUAGCAGUUCUUCCACCACUUCUUUGUUUUUGUUGAUGAUCGCAAGUCAAGUCUUUGGUUUCGAAAUUAUAUCAACACUGACAUUGAAAUGUUGUAAUUGAGCAAUUAUAAUGGUUUCAGUUGGUUUGUAAAGUAUUUUGAGAUACAAAUAAAGAAGGAACAAAAUACGAUCUCCCUGGUGGGAAUGAUAAAAGUAAAUUGAAAA